GGAUGAAACCACUAACACCUGAUUUACGUCAAGUGCACAGUUAAAUAAAUCCUAGUAUAAUCAGGGUUUGGAGCUUGUAUGCUAGCGCGAGCCAGCGAGUUCAAGGUUCAAGCGAGUUGUACGAAGUAUAUUGCAGGCAUAUAAUACGUACUCUCUGAUGGCAGGUGUACGAACCGAUAUAAUGCAUGAACAAUAACAUGCUUACAAAAUGCAACCCGUAUACAUGCGAAGCGUUGCUAGAUUAGGAAGCCACAUUCAUAAUAUGUAUAGAGUAAUCGCGCAUUCCCCUGCAUUAAAGAUUCGUGUGCAUGGAGUAGAUUAUUGACCGGGAAAUAUGCCUGUGGAAAGCAAUGAAGACUUACCCCAAACAGCCUUUGAAAGGCAUAGACAGACAGUGCAGGUAGAAGAUGGAAGAUUAGCAAUCGAGGUAGCACAACAGGAGUGGGAUAAUGUUGCUACUAUCGAAACGACGUACAGUAUUCAGACACAACCCGUUUCACAUAUAACGUACCAAGAGGCCUUUGAAUACUUUCUGGGUUUGGAUAUGUCAGAACACAUGGGCAAUAUUCAGGUGGAAGUACAAAGACGGGGAUUAUGUACCUUACUUUCCUGCAUUAUGGGACCUCCGCAUUUAGAAACAGGCCUAGCUGAAGAGAGAAGCAGAUUAGAUGUAUCUCAGACCAUUCACGUGAAAAUUCUGCAAACAAUAUAUUACCGUUUAACAGGGGCAUCAGUUGGAUGUCCUUGUUUUGGGUCUCACUGGGAACAUAUUGGUUUCCAGGGAAGUGACCCAGGUACAGACCUGCGAGGUGUGGGAAUGCUCGGCCUUCUGCAACUCCUGUACUUGUGCACCACUCCUCAAUUGUCAUCUCUUGCAAAGCGCAUCUAUAGAUUGUCUGUGGAUGUGGUGCAGAACUUUCCAUUGGCUAUUCUGAGCUUCAACUUCUCCCGAAUGGCCUUGCAAGCUUUGCGACAUGGACAACUCAAUAGAGAAUGUAAUGAAAGACAGUUAGUGAUGGAUGUAGUGAACGACUUUUAUGCUGCUCUCUUUUAUCACAUGGUGCAUAUAUGGACUACGCAACGCAAGACAAUCAGAGAUUCAGGAUAUGUGUUAAAGGAUGUUGAAUUCUUCUGUCGGAGCAAUGUUCAUGCUGUACUGAAGAAUUUGAAAGACCACUUGACAGGAAAUUGUGAAGCACCUAAUGAAAAGUUUUGCUUCCAUGAAAGUUUUCAUGAUCUAAGAACACAAGCUAAAUCUGAAGUGUUUAUAUGAAAUGUUAUACUUUUUACGAGGUAGUUUACAAUUUUUAACUUCUGCAGUAAAUUGUGGAAAUUUGCACUCACUACCGUAGCACAUGCAUUUUUUACCACAUCCCCAUAUGUGGUACUAUUUCAUUAAUUUUAUUCUACGUUUUCUAUUUUUUAUACAUUGUGUAAGUAGUAUUAAUUCACUGCCACGAUUUUUGUGCAUUUGAAUGUAAGUUGUUUAAAAUUAUUGUUGACUUCUAUGGUAGGAAGUUUCUUAUCACACAAAGAUUUAUUACUACCAACUCAGAAAACCUGUGAUAUUGUGCUCAAGUAGAAGAGUGAAUGCAGUGAGAAUUAGCCUAUAGUUCAGUGAUAUAGUUGAAUUGUAUUUCAAUAAUACGGUAUUUAUACCAAAGAUAUACUAUACAAAGUUGAAUAUUGUUAUUAUAUGUGCAUUAAUAUUAUCACAAUUAUUAAUAUUAUACAUAUAUAUAAAAAAAAUAAUAUAAAAUUUGAUUUAUGUACUAUUAAUGUUGACACAAUACACUACUCCGAGUGAAAUAAAAUUUGAAACUCAAUAUUGUGUGGUUCGAUUCUUUGGGUUGAUUUUUUUGGUCUUAAGACAUAACAUCAAGAAAUGUUUUAGCCAUGCGAUGGUUUGUGAAUUUUUUCUGACCCUGCAUUGAAAUUUCGGACAAAAAAAUUAUUACAGGAUGUCUAUAUGAAGAGUCUCUGUUACUUCAGGUACUUUAAAAAAAUGUGUAAAGAUAAGGACACCAAACUGGACUUCAUGAAAAUUGAAAGAUGGAGAAAGGAUUUUGAUAAAAUAUUGUAACCUUUUUCCCCUCUAUCAAUUCAGUGUUUUCUCCCAUGGAUAAUCUUAAUUAUUAUUAAUAAACUGUGUGGAUUCUAUGCAAAGAAAUGUUGACUCAAAAAAAGACAACACGUUUCCUCUAACAUAUAUGAAGAAGAGAGUGAACAAUGUUAAUACAAUAAAAAAAAUAAGAAAUAAUAGAAUAUACAUUUACUGUAAUUAUUGACAUUAAAAAGAUCCUAUUUUGUCAGCAAGAUAAAGUAAGUAAACCAAAUUAAAUUAAGUGGCUGGCUUUUUCACAGUGUCCAUCCUCCGCCUUGUAGAAUUGCAGCUUAUUCUAAACACAGAAGGGUCCAGAUGGUUAUA